AUGGAAGAAUCUGUGGAAGAAAGUAGCAUGGAGCUAUCAAAAGAAGAAUUGAUAUGGAAGCCUAGAUAUGGUAUGGAGUUUGAUUAUGAUGAAGUUGCAUAUGAUUUUUAUAAUGAGUAUGGACGCAGAGAAGGCUUCAGCAUUAGAAAAGAUAGUUGUGCCAAGGAUAAGUUUGGGGUAAUCACUUCAAGGACUUUUGUUUGUUGUAAGGAAGGGAAGUAUUGUGUGUACCGUUUCUCCGAAGAGCAUAAUCAUCCUCUUGUUAAGAUAGAUCUUGUGCAUAUGUUGCCAUCUCACCGAAAUGCCAAAGCUUCAGAUGGUGCAUUUAUAGACUUGACUUCAAAUUCAAGAGUUCCGCCAAAGUCUGCAUUUGAAUUAAUGGGUAAGCAUGCUGGUGGAAUAUUGAGAUUUUCAAAGCAAGACCAAAAGAACUAUCUUCGAACUGUCUGA